GCGAGUGAGCAUAACUUGCAGUAGAGGAUUCCUUUCCUUCUUUUCCCCUUCCUCUUCGAUCGGUAGUUUAGGGUUUCUGUAUCAUGCGAAAAAGAUUCGAUUUUGUUCGAUUUUGGUCGAUUUUGAUCCAAUUUUAGUGAUUCGAGAUUGAAUUGGGGGGAUUCGAGGAUGCAUAUUGAGGAAUUGAACGCUGAGGAUGUGGAGUUCUUGAGCGGUGGCGAUGAGAAGUUAGGGCUAAUUGAUGCGAAAAGGGCUGUGGUCGGUGUUGGAGCAAGAUUUCUCUUUUAUCCGACGCUUCUUUAUAAUGUCAUCAGGAACAAGAUCCAGGCCGAGUUUCGAUGGUGGGAUGAAGUCGAUGAGUUUUUAUUACUAGGGGCAGUUCCAUUUCCUAGUCAUGUUCCAUGCUUAAAGGAACUUGGUGUUUGUGGAGUAAUCACCUUAAAUGAGCCAUAUGAGACGCUGGUGUCUACGCCACUGUACCUUGCUCAUGGGAUUGAGCAUUUGGUGAUACCCACGAGAGAUUAUUGCUUUGCUCCAUCACUGGGAGAUAUAUGUAAAGCUGUAGACUUCAUCCACAAGAAUGCAUCCUGUGGGAAGACAACGUAUGUUCACUGUAAAGCUGGUCGAGGACGAAGCACAACCAUUGUUCUCUGUUACCUGGUGCGAUACAAACAGAUGACACCUGCUGCAGCGUACGAGCAUGUCAGAUUAAGUAGGCCAAGGGUUCUUUUGGCUUCACCUCAGUGGCAGGCAGUCCAAGAUUACUACCGCCUCCUAGUAAACAAAACCAUGAUUGCAAGCUGCUUAAACUAUCCAAUUACAAGAUCACCUGUGCCCCUCACCACCGGCAACCUGAUGAAGUUUGAUGAAAGCUCGUUUGUUGUGAUAUCAAAAUCUGAUCUUGAUGGAUAUGAAUCCGAUUGCAAAUCGAGCAGAAUAUGGGAACUGAGCCUAGUGUAUCGUGUGCAGUUUGCUGGUCAAGCUGCUCUUGCUAGCCUCUCAUGCUUAUGGCUCCGGUGUCAUACAAAUGGAGAAAGAUUGGCUGAUAAUAAGCUUGGAAGGGAGAGUUGCUCUCAGGAGGCCGACCAGCUUGGAAUAGGGCAUCCUUGUCUUGUCAGUGGGGUGGUUGUAAAAUUGUAAAUAAUACUACCAUUAAGUUUUCGCCCUUUUUUUUAUAAUCACUGCCAAGUAUAUACCAAAAAUUGGCUGUGAUUACGCUUUUAAGGCAUUUCGAUCCAGGUAAGCGUGACUUCUGCAUGUACAUGUAUGUGUGUAAUGUGUAUAUAGAGCAAUAAAAAUGUCCUGCAUUUUCUUAUUUAAGAAAGCUUUCCUGGA